CGAAUUCCUAACAUCAGAACACAUAUUACGGAAAUGGAAAAUCGCUUACUUCUUUUAUGUCUGCUUGUGGGGACCACCACAGCGUCACAUAUAACCUCAGUCUGCAGGAUAUCCAAACCCUGGCAAAUGCUGCCGAAUGUGAAUAAUUGUCAAAGAUUCUAUGUUUGCACUGGCGAUGAGGAGGUGCCAUACCAGGAGUUUAGCUGUCCCGCGGAGUACCAUUUUAGCAAGAAGAUGUUGAUUUGUGUGCCUGGAUCCUGCUCCGAUGAAUCCUUGUUUUGUGGACUAACAAAUAAAGUACAGCGAAUUGAAACCGAUUGCUCGCAAUAUAGACAAUGCUUGGACGAAGGAGCUUACGCCGUUGCCAAGUGUUCUACCGGAAAUUACUUCGAUCCAGGACGGAAAGCCUGCCUGCCAGUAGCUAUAACAGCAGCUCAUCAGUGUAGUUGUGUGCUACCAGAAAACGCAACCCUUUCCAAUCCCAACGACUGUGAGACAUAUUUCCGCUGUCACUCCGGACAGGCUGUGCUGGUGCAGUGUCCAUCGGGAGAUUACUUUAACGAGAAAUUGGCCAGCUGCAUACCGGAUUACACAGGAAUUUGCCUAGAGAAGCCUACAAUGCCGCCAGGGCUCACGGAGGAAGCUCUAGCUAUGGACGAGUGCAUCCGGACAGGUAGUCGCAUGGCGCCACACAGUCGGGAUUGUCAGCGAUACUACGUGUGUACCAAAAACCGGGUGUUAGAGCUGCGCUGUCCCAGGGGUCAAUAUUUUGAUGUAGUUCACCGAUAUUGUAGUCUUGAUCUGAAGAGCGAAUGUCAGGAGCCACAGAAGGAGGAGCACGAGCCGCAGGCGGAGGAGCAGAAGAAAGACGUUCCCGAGGUGGACAUUCCAGUGAAAAAAAAUGUAGAGACCGAAGGUCACAAGCCGGUUCAGAAGAAAAUUGAAAAGGAGGUGGUGUAUCACAAAGAAAGCCCAGAGACGGAGCAGGCCGAUGUUAAACAGCCACAGACUCCAUUGGACGCAGUCAGCAGCUACGACAAGUUCUCAUCCAAAUUCAUUUCCUUUUAAAUUCAUAAUUUUAAGCUAUAAAUUUCUAUGCUUCUACAAUUUAUAGUAGUGCAUUAACACUUUUAAAAAAAGCCAUUCGACUUCAAAAAUUUUAGUUUGGCUUUUACUAGAA